AUGACAGCAUCCCAACGAGCCUCCGACACGACAUACACAGCAGCCUUCGGAUCCUCAGACUACCCAUUUCUGAGAAGCAUCAGUCCACCCUUACGAACCUUCUCCGAUGCCGCCGCCACGCCAACAUCCCAUGUCCGAAUCCUCGCCGCUAUCAAGCACGAACACCGCGAACUCGAGUCCCACAGCCGCAAAAUCAUCAAUUCCACAAGCCCAGAUGAGCAAACCCGCUACCAAAAUCAAUUUACCUGGGAACUGGCUCGCCACACUAUAGGCGAGGAGCUUGUCGCUUACCCAACAUUAGCGGAAUACGUUAAGAACGGCCAGGCAUUAGCCGAUAAGAAUAGAGCCGAGCACCAGGAUCUGAAAGAGCAAUUGAAGAUGUUCCAGGGCCUCCGAUCUACAGAUCCGCGCUUUGUACCGACACUCCAGGCGCUGAUGGGCGAUUUGGAGAAUCACAUUCGUACGGAGGAGGCUGAUUUUGCGCGAUUGGAGGCAGUUCUCUCGCAGGAGGAUAGUGAGGCGUUGACGCACGCAUUCGACCGGACAAAGAUGUUCGUCCCGUCUCGAUCGCAUCCACUAGCACCCAAUAAGCCGCCUUUUGAGACUGCUGUGGGCCUUUUGACGGCGCCGGUGGAUAUGGUUGCUGAUAUGUUCCGCAAAUGGCCUCAUCCGGUGGAGGAGGGGAAGCACAAGAUGUCUGUUUUUAAGUGA